AGACCGACAAGCGAAUGACUGCGACUACUGAACCUGAAUAAUGAUCACGUUGCAUGCACAUACUCAUAACUCAACGCACCUUACUCAUGAAUGAGAAGAUAUUGGCGAGUUGCCUCGGUCCAUUCGUGUCACAUCAAUGUGCUGGCGUCAUGCUGCAAGCCAUUGAGGCGUCCAAUUGUGGGCAUUCCACCGGGUGAACGUUCUUCAUUCGCUAUAUUGUAUUCUUUGAGCACCACGGUUGUUAAGCUUGAAUGGAAUUCCAACAGAGAAAUAGCAAGUGGGCGUGCAUGCUUCAAUCUCGACUAACUCGCAGACUGCUGGCCGAGACACUAGAGCGGGUCGAUGGAUCGUAUUUUUAGAACAGUAGGAGUGUUAAUCGUAAAGUGUGCUGACAGAUGGAUUAUUUCUUCAAUGCCAUGGACUCCAUGCAGAAACCACCACCAGUAAAUUGCAUGGUGUCUUUACAUUGAUCAAAAAUCUUG